UCUCUCUCCAACUGUCACCGACGCUUCGAGGCACUAAGACACCAAGGGCUUCAAUGCUCUGAAUAAGCGCUCAAAUUUCGAGCUGGAUGUCGAAAAUAGAGGUCAUAUCUUCCGCCUCAUCUGGGACAGCGACACGCAUUUUCUAAUCAUGCGUUCUGCGAUUGCAUGCGCACUUAUCAGAGGGACCUCUCGGGAUCUACAUAAACGGGCUAUAUUCCCCGUGUGGUAUGGGUUCGAGAGCAGGAAGGGUUAGACUGGGAGACAGAGGGACGAUGAACUCGGGCACGUAAACUGGGAAGGCUCGCUUUGCCCCGGGCACCUCCCAACACCUGACCUGCGGCGAACAUCCUACCUUGCUCUUCGUUUGAUGGAAGAAGAGAUGAUGGACUGCUCCCAGAUAAGUCGCAAAGAACCUACCUGGAACAUUCUGCCCCGUAUCCCUGGGCACAUGUCCUGCGCUUGAGCCAAGAGCGCACGCGUAUAUAUUCUACCCAACGAGCUCGAUGGAGCUCUAACCGGCUCUCUCGACGCACGGACCUUCCUUAUGGCGCUCCGCCUCGCUCUGAAGACGCUUCUCGUCGUGCUCGCCGCCGCGGGUGCCAACAAUGCGAUGACACUGCCCGAGCGGAAGACGAUCGUCCCGUCUGGCUUCGUGCGCCACGGUCCGGCUCCACCCUCUCACGCACUGGAAUUGCGUUUCGGACUUGCGCCGAACGAUGCCGAUGGACUGGGAGCCAAGUUGACGGACAUUGCCACGCCCGGAAGCGCCCGAUUCCGCCAGUGGCUCUCGAAGGAAGAGGUUAGAGUGCACAUGGCGCCGUCGGCGGCGACUGUGUCAGCAUUCAUGGCGUUUGCUUCUGCGCAUGGACUAAACACAACGCAUAUUUCUCCCAACGAGGACUGGGUCUCGGCCACCGUCUCUGUUGCCAUGGCCAACAAGCUCUUCAACGCGACCUUCGAGCUGUUCUCGCACCCCAGCCUCAGCGGCAAGAUCGCGCGCACGAUGUCUGUUUCUCUUCCAAGCGAGAUGGUGGGCGUCGUGAAUGUCAUCCAUCCUACGACAGCAUUCGCCCUGCCCCCAGCGACUUCCAGAUCUGUGCGGCCACCGAUGGUCCAGAUGGACGUGCGCAAGGGCAAAUCGCAUGUCGCAGCUUCGUGCAACACCAGCAACUCGAGCGGCAUUAUCACCCCCCAGUGCUUGCUCGACAUCUAUGGCAUCCCGGCGUCCCCGGCGACGCAGGCGAACAACUCGCUGACCGUCACGGGGUAUGGCUUCCAGUGGGCUCAGAAAGCGAAUUUGAAAGCCUUCUUGCAAGAGAUGCGGCCAGAUAUGCCGAUGACCACAGACUUUGCACUGCAGACGCUGGAUGGAGGGGAUAACCCACAGGGUAUCUUCCUGGGCGGUGGAGGCGGUCUUGAAGCGGAGUUGGACAUGCAGUAUGCAAUAGGUGUGGCUAAUGGGGUUCCCACCGCUUUUCUGUCUGUGGGAGGGUAUGAUUUCCUUGGUGCAUUGCUCGACACAGCGAAUUUUGUCGAUGGUGCCAGCACUCCACCCACGGUGCUCAGUACUUCGUACGGCGUGGAUGAAUCGAGCACAGACCGCUCCAUGGCCAGCGCCAUCUGCAACACGUACAUGGCACUCAGCGCGCGGGGCGUCUCUGUCAUCUUUGCUUCAGGCGAUGGCGGUGUUCGUGGCGGUCACGAUGACCCCAGCCAGUGUGAUGUCAAUAAGUUUGCCGCCACAUUCCCGUCCGGGUGCCCAUUCGUCACCUCUGUCGGUGCAACACAAGGUUUCCCCGAGAAAUCGAGCAACUUCACAUCCGGUGGCUUCUCCGACAUCUUCGCUGCGCCUGGGUACCAAUCGGCUCACGUCAAGUCCUUCCUCAAGACCGUCCCAUCCGACUUCAAGGGCACCUUCAACCACAGGGGGCGCGGGUUCCCGGAUGUGUCCGUCCAGGGCGUCAAUUUCCAGAUCGUGCAGACCGGCGGCACUACGUUCACGGGUGGCACCAGCGCGGCCGCGCCCACCUUCGCGGCCAUGAUCGCGCUCGUCAACGACCGCCUCCUCGCGGCGGGCAAGCCCGUGCUCGGGUUCCUGAACCCGUUCCUUUACGCCCACCCCGGGGUCUUCAGUGACAUCACCGUCGGGCACAACUCGGGCUUCGUUUGCCCCGAGACGUCUGUCGCUUUCGAUGCUGCGCGUGGUUGGGACCCGUUGACUGGACUAGGCACGCCCAACUUCCACCGCCUACUCCGGGCUGCCAUGGACUCCUGAGCGUGGGAUGUGCUCAUCCCCGGCACCUUUCGGUCAAGGUCUUACAGCGCCUAUCUGCAGCAAAGCGGGGCUUUAGUCAUUCGGGAUGUAUAUUCUCUGAUCCAGUCAUCCAUGCUUACAGUUAUAUGAUCUGGACUGGUUCUAAAUCAAUUUCAAAUGGUCACGCUGCUCUCGUUUUCCAUGGCGUAGUACGACAAUCAGAUAUGCGGACGGGUCCAUCAGAUAAGAAGGCGCGAGCCAAAAAAGCAGGGAGAUUUUGCCGGUCGCAUCGAUUCAAUGACGGAAUCGGACGGGCCAACCUGACAUAUUCCCGGCAGCAGCAGCACUGGACUCGACAACUGCGUCGCAAUCGCCUCCAGACUCUCGCCUCCAGAAGCGAGAGCGACGGCCAGCAAUUCGUCCGUUGACCAAUUGGGAACAGGCUCAGAUCACGAAAGUGUAAGUGUUGAUGACGGAUUUAUGUCAGGAGUGAACAUCACGAAUGACUAAACCACAGUUCACUGCGCCUCGGCUGUUCCUCAUUGGGACCGGGGUCGGUAAUCUAUCUGCCUACCUAUCGGCCUCCCAGGGCCUUACCUACAACUACCCGAACUCACCAUGACGCACCAAAGCAAUCGAAAGGAUGGGUGAGGACUGGGGACCUGCGGAGGGCAGGGUUCUCUGCUCUUCGACUCUCUGACCUACCACGAGCAUGGAAUUGAUUGCUCCGCCCGCAAAGCAGCCUUAGAGGCCUUGGCCUAGGGAUAACCCGACUGGAGGACCGAAGCGAUGCUCAACGGUACAUAUUCUACCGGCGGCCUGAAACGAGAUGGUUCCAUUUUCUAUUCCGUAUCCUUCGUGAUUCUGGAGCGCAUGGUAUGGUCGUAGAUGCCCUGAGCGGUGAUCUGCGCUAGUCUCUCCUCUCUUUGGUACGUGUCCCUUGGCAGGACACUACGUACUGCCGCGGCUGUUCAUCUCUCCAGGCCCCAGGACAACGCAUGCUUGUAGAAGAUCCCGUCAGCCGUCCGACGGCUCCAUGCGAUCCCGGCUCUUGAAGAUGGGCCAUUCGCCACGGCCCCCUACGACGCGAACGAGACUCUUGAGGUUAAUUUGAUGGAAGAAGCAUGGAGGGUGUGCUUGAAAGUUGAUCUUCGUCGCAAUAUCGACCGAGGUCCUGGGGGAAGGAGUAUCUUGUCCCCUUUCAUACGGGCGAACAUGACGGUUGGAACGUGAAGCGCUCUUCACUACCCCAGCCUGUCACACACCUUCGAUCCAGCCGGCACUUCAAUCUCUGCAGCGGAUUGCGUAUAAAUGCAACGCCAGGAUUCCGGAUCGCCAGCCCCUCCAAGGCCUUUCUCGUCUUCCCAAUGGCUUUCAGCAAAACUCUGACCGUGCUCGCUGUGGCUGCCGUCGCGGCGGCUAAAAGUGCUAUGGUGCUGCAGGACAGUCGGGCCACCAUCCCUGCUGGCUUCAUCAACCACGGGCCGGCUCCAGCGGCUCAGGAAUUGGAGCUGCGUUUCGGUCUCGCGGGAAACGACGUGAAGGGACUGCAGGCCAAGCUGAUGGACGUCUCGACACCUGGAAGCGCCAACUUCCGUCAGUGGUUGUCGAAGGAGGAGGUCAAGGCUCACAUGGCGCCCUCUGCGGCGACCUUGUCGGCUUUCAACGCCUUUGCGUCCGCCCAUGGGUUGAACGCGACUCAGUUCUCACCAUCCGGAGAUUGGGUCACCGUCACCAUCCCCGUUUCCAAGGCCAACGAGCUGUUCGAUGCCAACUUCGAGCUGUUCUCGCACCCCGACCUAGAUGGCAAGAUCGCGCGCACGAUGUCCGUUUCUCUUCCGAACGAGAUGGUGGGCGUCGUGAACGUGAUUCAUCCCUCGACGGCCUUCGCCCCGCCCCCGUCCAAAAUCGCCCCACCGCUGAUCCAGACCCCGCUGUCCACGCUGAAACGUGACGUCUCGGCAUCGUGCAACACCAGCGAUCCGAGUGGGAUCACCACCCCGACAUGCCUGCAAGAGUUGUAUGGCAUCCCGGCCACCCCGGCCACUCAGCCCGAUGGCACGAUUUUCGUGACGGCGUAUGGACUCGAGUUUGCGCAGACGGCCGACCUGCAGUUGUUCUUGCAACAACUGCGCCCGGACAUGUCGUCGUCCACGACCUAUGGUGUUGAGACCAUCAAUGGAGGCCUCGAUGCGCAAGGAGAUGGCUUCGGUGGUGUGGAAGCCAGCCUGGACAUGCAAUACACCGUUGGUGUGGCCACUGAUGUGCCGACAACUUACUUCGGGAAUGGAGACUUGGACGACAUCUUCAGUGCUUUCCUCUCAACGGCGACUUACCUCCAAAACGCCACCAAUCCUCCCUCGGUGAUAACAACAUCGUACGGAGUGGACGAAUCCACCGCGGAUCCCGCUCUUGCAAACUCUAUAUGCGACGCCUACAUGGCGCUGUCCGCUCGGGGCGUGUCUGUUCUUUUCGCUUCGGGAGACGGUGGAGUACGUGGCGGUCACGACGAUUCGAGUGUCUGCAACGACGCGGCUCUCGCCCCGACAUUCCCCUCGGGCUGUCCGUUCCUGACCUCCGUCGGGGCAACGCAGGGUAUUCCGGAGAAAGCCAUCAACUUCACGAGCGGCGGGUUCUCCAACAUCUUCCCGGCGCCGGCCUACCAGACCGCCCAGAUCGCCUCUUUCCUCAAGACGGUCCCGUCUGACUUCAACGCCACGUUCAACCUCACCGGGCGCGGAUUCCCCGAUGUCUCGACCCAGGGCUGGAACUUCGAGGUCAUCGUCAACCGUGUCCCUACUUCGGUGGGUGGCACGAGCGCCGCCUCACCCACGUUCGCGUCGAUCAUCGCGCUGAUCAACGACCGGCUCAUCGCUGCGGGCAAGCCCGUGCUCGGCUUCCUGAACCCGUUCCUGUACGCCAAUCCGGACGCGUUCAAUGAUAUCACCGUCGGCCACAACUCUGGCUUCGUGUGCCCUGAAUCCGGUGUCGGGUUCGACGCUACAACCGGGUGGGAUCCCCUCACGGGACUGGGAACUCCCAAUUUCACGAGCCUCCUUGCCGCGGCGAUGGCCUGAGUGAGCGUGGCGCAGGAUGAGGUUACGAGCGCAUGGUCGACUGGUGCAAUAUCUGAGAACUUGAUUCCACUGUAUGUAGUGUUGAUUGAUCGAGAUAUGUGUGAAAUCACCUCACCGUCUUGGUCAUCCCCCAACUCCUACUCAUCAGGCGACCUGUCACAUCUUUGCUUUCCCGUGAGUCCAGAGCGACUGCACGUGGAUAAUGGGAAGAACGCAGGUUCACAGCCGGCUCUUUGCGCGAAGUUAUGAAAUGUCUGUCUCACGUUUGCUCAUGUAGUUCAAUUGAUCGGACAUCAUCGACCAUCGACUGGCCACCGGUCGCUUUGGAAGGCCGUUGGGAAGUCGCAUUUUGGAAUCGGGCGUAAACAAGUUCCGGGCGCUCGACGUUUGGCUUGGGGUACUCCCUGGUAUUCCAUUUACGCAUCCGAGCGGGCAACGGGGAGCAGCGCGGUCUGGCCCCUAUAAUAACCAUCUAUCAUCCAUGCAAAAUAUGUGUCUUUCGACUACUUACUCAGAUCGACUCAUCGUCUGUCAGUCCAUCGGAUUCCGGCGUACAUGUGCAGAUCUUUACACGUGCGAGCUGACAGCCUCUGGAGGUCGAUCGGAUCUAGUGGUCAGCGGCGAGAUCGCGAAAAUGCGUAGUCCUGUGUGUGUACUACGAUAUUAUACAGGUCAGGACCCCGGCCAGAGCUAGCGAGGGGAGCGGGUGGGGUCUACCUAGGAAUGACACAUAAGCCCUUGGCCACAAGCGAGGGUGAGCUAAUGAUGAUUUAUCCCGGCGUGAUCUGAAGAACAAGAUAUCUUUCAAGUAAAAUGCCAGAGAAAGCGAUCGCACACAGGCUCUUGACGACCAAGUGGGGAGGGAGUUCAAAUCGAUAAAAUAUCACGGAAAAUGAAAGAUUCUAGGCCCUAGACCUGUUGCAAUGUGUCGCUCACGUUGCAAUAAUUUUCGAACAAUUAGGCGACUUACGCAUGUGUGAUGACCCAUCCGCUGAAAUGACACUCUCUCAUUGACAUCUCGAUUGCGGAAUUUGCCGUACCCUCAUCUGUGAAGCAGCACCUUGCAAAAGAACCCACCCGAGUUGAAGAGAUUGACCGUUUCCAGUCACCUCGACUUCCAGAAAGCACCAAGGAGAUGAACCGGAGGAUGCACUUCGCUCCCCUAAACGAUUAGGGGUCAAAGCGAGUGUGUCACAUCAAAGGAGCCGUCAUCAUCCAUGUGUGAAAAGUGGUUCUAGUCUUUCCUAGGCACAUAAAGAUG